AAGUUCACGCUGAGAAAUGCAUCCAAAAUAUUUUUCUCUCACUUUCGUUUGAAUUUUCUUUCCUCUUUUAUUGCUUUUUCCUUCACUUUCUUGAAGUCCAAACAGUCUUGACAAAGCCUUUUCGACUCCUUUACUCUCUUUACAGAGUUUUUUUUUUUUUUUUUUUCUUUUUGUCGUUUAUUAAAAAUAUCUGUUUAAAUAUUACAAAUUGAAGCUCUUCUUCUUCUUCCUAGAUAUAGCCGCCCGUGAACUGACCUGAUAUUUGGCCGCAGAGAGAUCAAGAUGGGAUUGGGAAAGCGGAAGAUUAUUUCGAUGGAGAAAAUCGAGAACGAACAGUAUCGGUUGGUGAGAUUCUCGAAGAGGAGAAACGGACUCUUCAAAAAAGCUCAAAAGCUCUCCUCCCUUACUGGUUGCCGGAUCGCCGUUUUGGUGAUUUCUGAGGCCGGUGUGCCAUACACCCACGGAUCUCCUUCCUUUGACGACGUCGUUCGCGACUCCCUGAUAUCCACCAAUUCCGAUUCUGAACAAUCCUCCUCUGGGUCGGACAACAACAAUGACGAUGCGGAUCAUAGCAGCUUGAUGAAUGUGGACAACAUUGAUGAUUGUAAGAGCAUCGAGGAGAUGAUCGAGUUAAAGAGCCAAUUAGAGGAACGAUUAGAGAUGGUGAAUUGUAGGGUUAGGGCCACCGAAUUUGAGUUCGUACGCGGUCUCUUUGCUUGAUGAGUUAGGGUUGUCGCACGCAGAGAUCAACUCUCGUUGACCUUGGCAUGCAGUGCAUCUAGAAACUUUCCUGACACUGUGCCUAAUCGUGAUAAAUAUAUAUAUAUAUAUAUAUAUAUAUAUCUGAGAAAAACUUUAAUAGAACGCACAAGGAAGAGUGGCGUCCCUCUUUGUCUAAUCGUGAUCAUAAAAAUGAACUUCAAUGGAACACACAAGGAAGAGUGGCGUCCGGCUUUCAACACAACUAUCAUUUGCAGAGGCAGAUGUCCUUUCUACUUGGUUGUGAAAAGGCUUGUGAAGCUUGAGGACAAGAUCGUUUCUCUCUCAGAAAAUCCAUGCCAGUGGCCUUAUACGAAAGAGGCACUGCUGAAUGCUACAGUUUGCUGACUGGAUGCCUUAAAAGCAGACCUAAGUGCUACAAGAAAUGUAUCAAUUUGUUCUUUUUUUCACUCUUUUUCAUGGAUUAGCAGAGCUAAUCCCUUUCUCCUGUUUAUAUGUGUUUUUGACUAUUUAAGUAAUAUCAAACUAGUUUAUUUGUUCA